AGGGAGGGAUCAGCUGUAUUUACUAAUAAGAAUCAGCUGACAGUUGUAUGAGACAACAUUGUGUACUCUUUUAAAGUAAACCAAAUCCGGCAUUUUGCCACCAGAACCAUUUGCACAUCUCCGAAAUAUCAUAAAAUAUAUAUCGUUUCAGUGUUAUUUUUUGUCAGUUCCGCGGGCUUAUUUAUGUGUGGACGGGAUCGAGCGUGUGUGCCCUGUACUUACGCAACAGGGAGCUUCCCACGACAGCGGGUUUGCGAGGCAAGGACGAAAUGAAAGCAGGCAUUUUUUUGUAUUCCAUUUUUGUCUAAUCCCACUGAUUUCUGAAGGGAUUACCGGACCAAUCAUGAUUGAGAGACCACUGGCUCGCUCGGCACUGCUCGCACUGGGAGCUGUGUAGACAGUGAGUGGAAACACGACCUUAGGAUCUGGAGAAACAUUGACAGAUCUUAUUUGUUUUUUUUUUUCUUUUAUUUUUCUUUUUUUAUUUCAUCCGGUGGGGACAGUUUCUAGUAACCGACCUGCAGGAUGCGCGCUGCAUUCUCCGCACCUUUUCCAGAUCUGGUUUUAAUUCGGAGGGUAACUUUAAUUUGUGCUGCUGCACCACAAUUCAUGAUAACUUUCUUGUGAUGGUCACCGCUUGAAUCGAGGCUUGAAGUACAGCAUCUUCACUAAAUAUCCAGGGUCUCAAUUGCAAGCAGCAGUUGCUUAUUCUCAUCCUGAAGGAUUAUCCUGUGCCCUACAAAGUAAUCAGUGGAUAAGGCAACGUGACUGAAUCCACAUUACAUAUCUCCUUACCCGGCACAUCAGAAAGAAAUGAAGUGGUGACAGAGAUGUAGAACAAAUAAUCUGUCUGGAAAUUUCUGCACAGGAUCAGCCAAUGGAGGAAGAGAAAGCAGCUGAUAAUAUCCAGUCAAAAUCCAGUUCCCCUCUUUCCACUGGGCUUCCCAUUAACUGGGGACUCAUCACUGGCCCUGUUCCCGUGGCUGUUUUCCCAGCACCAUCUUUGAACGCCUCACUUCCUCCUCCUCAGAGUUCAGCCGUGCACACACUACAGACCAAGGUGAAGUCGCUCACGCAGCGAAGGGCGAGAGGGAGAGACAGAGAGAAAAACACAGAGAUGUUGGUGAGCAGUCCGGCCGGGCAGAUUUCGUCAGAAGUCAUUCUCAGACAGAGACCCAGAGGAAAAGCCCAGCAAUCUCUGUCGGCUCACUCCUGGCGGUCGGGCGUUGUGAAGGACCUGAGCAGCAGUGAUGAGGAGGAAGAGGUAGAGGUGCAGGUGAGGCUGGAAAUUCACAGUCCUCCGGCUGAAGUAAAAGCCGAGCGGUGGAGAGAGGAAAUCGAAGGAGAGAGGUCGGAAACAAAUGAGGGCCAGGUUCAGACAGAGCAGCUCUGUGGGCUCAGAGAGGGGACCAGUCUGGAGAGUCUUCUGUCCGACAACUCAAGCAGUAGCAAGGAUGACCCAUCCCCUCGUCCACUCCCUGUGCUCACCACCUCUCCUACUGGCACCUCUGCUUCAACAACGCUUUCAUAUUCCUCCCCUCUUCCUCCACUCCCUGUGCUCUCCACCUCUCCCGUUACCACCUCUUCUGCUCCUACAACAUCUUCCCUUUUGUCCACCCGUCCUCUACCGCCCGUGCUCUCCACCUCUCCUUCUUCCGUUUCAUCCCCUGUUCCUACGCCUCCUGUGCUCUCCUGCUCUCCUGCUUCCACCUCUGCCCCUACAACGGUUUCCUUUACUUCCUCCACGUCGUCUUCAGCGAGACAUUGGGCACCUCCAAGGGGCUUCUGGAGAGUAGCUCGGCCAGAAACACUGCUUCUCAACGGGGUUGGCCCCAACACCAUACCUUCUACAGUACCGCUCAAGGACUCCACUCAGACAGAGGCAGUGGCAGAGCCUCAGAGGAAGCAGAAACCAUCCGAAACAGGGAACAGGAACACCGCGGAGAGUGUGGACGACUACGAUGCAGCCUCAGAGUUUAAACACUCGGACAGCGUGGAAUGCUACCUGGACAGGUGUGAGCAGAAGGAGCUAGAUUUGGCUGAUGCCACCGCAGGACUGUGCAGUUCAGAUAGUUGGGAGAGCACGUCGUCGCAAAGCGGAGCGCUCUGCGCUUACGAGAAACUGAAGGUGAAGGAGAGGGCCUACGCAAAGUUGAGGGAAAGACGGAGAAACUGCAGAGAGGAGAGGGAACAGAGUGGAGGAGAAAGUGAUGGCUUUUGUGGAGACACAACAGACAGAGUGUAUCAUAAAGUUGCAGGUGCCCAUGGUGUUUCGGACAACUCUGACUCAGCCAUUCUUGCUCAAGAACUCGAACCCUAUUUGAGGGCGCUCCUUAUAACCAGCGAUGAUCUGCCUCUAAGCCCGAGACAUGAGCAAGCCAAGCGUCUUCUGGAGCGAGCCAGGCUCAAGGCUCGCUCCAAUCACACUAAAGGUGAACGGCCCUUCAGACGCUCCCAUUCUGACCAGAGAUCCACUGUAAAGAAGCAGCAAACUGAAUCUCCCGGUCCAACCACUGUGCAGAAGGCUGUCCAAACCUCGGAAGAACUCCCAGCUCAAACUGGAUCCGGUCCCCUCCUUGUCCCAGCUCAAAGAGAGACUUCCCCCACCGACCAGGGAGGCCGACCCAGGCGGUACGGCUGUUCACCAACGCGUGUGCGCUUUGAGGAUGAAUCAGAGAAAGAUGCCGAGUCUCGCUAUCUGGACAGGGUGAGGCAGCGUGGCAGGCCUGGGGUGCCCAAGUCCAAGAGCAAAGAGAGCAACACAGAUUCUAGCAGUAGUGGCUCAGAGAGGGGCCGGAGCCACAGAAGUGGCUCCAUGCCUCCUUCGCAGAAGCAAGAAGAUGGGGGCGUUUCUGGUGAAACCCUAACGGUGGUUAAAGAGAUAAUAGUGCUGGUGAAGAAAUGUGAAGCUUGUGGUUCCGUAGUCAGAGAACCUCAGCCGGCCUCAUACACACCAGAUGUGCAGAACACUGAGCCACAACAGUCUGGAAACCCGGAGGACUCACGGGGAAAACCGUCUCCUCGCUGGGUACCCCCAAACAAACCAGAGGCUAGCACUCGACCUAAAGCCCCUCUUACUGUUACAUUUGCUGGAGCAUACGUGCUGGGGGAGAAUAAAGAAAGCUCCGGGUGGAAGUCAUCAGGGUUUGGGAAACUUAGAAGAAGAAGCCGGAAAGGAGAAAGUCGGUUAGAGUCUGGCCACGGCCCUUACGGCCCGUCCUGGGCUCAGCGGCGUAACUCAAAUCCGCGGAACAGGGUCAACUUGAGCAGAGCUGUUUCAUUUGCCCCCGGCAGCCCGGUUGACCUGGAGCCAAACUUGCUGGAGGCGUCUGGUGGACUGAGGGAAUCCCCAGCCCCAUCACUGCCCAUCAAGUCAGCCCUGAAGUCCAGCUCAAGGAAUCGCUCUGCUGCGGGUUCAUCCACCGUUCAGUUCCAGGUGCCCUCUAAUCAUGGAGGAGACAGCGGCUCCCAGCCCCUAGUGGAUACUGCAGAGACAAGAAGGGAGCCUCCAGUGUCUUCACAAGGGGCAGCUGCAACAAGCAGUGCAGUGCCGUGUAUCAGGCCCUCCACUCUGAGGUAUUCCCCAGCCAGACUCACCACAGAUCUGCCAGCUGCUGAGCUCUGGGAUUCCACUCCAGAUGGGGCGGCAGGUCUAAGUGGAGACAUUGUUCCCGGUGCAGAGUGCCGGGCUCUGCGUGGCCUGGCUAUGUCCCGGGCUGAAGACCUCAGAGCGGAGCUGCUGAGAGCAGAGCAUCUAAAAGCAGAGGCUGUAUGGGAAGAAAGCUCUGAUGGGUCCAGAAAGCUGGAUGGACGGCCAAAGCUCUUCCUGCGUCGCUUCUUUUCCUCCAUUGGUCUAAACAGUGUUGGUAGACUUGUGAAGGGAAGUCGCUCCAGUAGUAUGGAACAACUCAGUAUCCCCACUGUCCCCCGGGCAAGCUCAGCUUCACCGAGCCCCACACGCAAGUCACAGCCGUCCAUCCGUAUACAGAGGACACCCUCUCUGCAGACCCUGCACACGGUGCUGCCACUGGCCCAGCUACGUAAAGCCUCCUCAGUGCAGAGUUUAGAGAGAAGAGAGCGUUCAACAAUACUUGGAGAGGUUCAGAUACCGUAUGGCCUGGCGCCCAGUCCUGAAACCCCUCAACUGGAGCUUCACAGGGCCCUGAGUGUGGAAGACGUGCUCACCACUCGAAUAGUGCGUCCAGUGGGCCGGGCCGUUCAGGCUUUCCCCGAUGGGAGCAUCCUCCUAGAACUCAUCAAACCCCCAAAUGGUCCUUUCGGUUUCGUCAUUUCAAGGGGCAAAGGUCGACCAGACACAGGUGUAUAUGUCGAGAAAGUGGGCGACGGCAGCGGUGAAGGCCCGUAUGUCGGCCUCCUGGGCAUAGGCGAUGAAAUUCUACAGGUGAACGGAGAGGCAGUGGCUGGACUCAGCUUGGACCAGGUGACUCGGCUCAUGACCCGGGAAAGCACUGCUUCCCUGCGGAUCAUGCCAGCCCGACGCAAUCAGCGGUGACAGGCAGGACAGGCAUGGCACAUAGCCACUUCUCCUGGAAACAUGGAUAGUAAUCAUCACUACAGUUGACUGCGACACUCCCAUUGACUGUGAUAUAGCCUACCUAUAUGGUAGUUGUGACAUAGCCUGUGUGUAUUACAGUGGUUUUAAUAAUAUAGAAUAUCAGGGGUUGGUUUGUCACCCAGGUAAAUGCUUACAGUAGUAAAAAAAAAAAAUUACCAAAUUUCAAAUCUAGAACCGAUUGAAUCCAGAAACACGGAAGACUAAAAUGGAUAGAGAGUAUAUUUUUAAGAAUAGAGAAAUCCUUCACAAUUCGUUUCUGUAUAUAUCUCUUAUUUAUGACCAGACUUAAAUGAAUAAAAACCUAAACUCUAAA